AUGCAAAACCCUAAACCCCAACGAUUGGUGCUUCAAAUAGAGAGUGCGAUCGAGAAGCAACAGGCUAGGAACCCCGAGAGAUGGCAAAAGAGAGAUAGAGAAGUGAUUCGCGAAGAGCUUCAGCGAGAUGCAGAAGAAGAAGAAGAUGAUGAUAGCUGUGAUCGGAUUGCUUCUGGGUUUUCUACUUUCAGCAUUGUUCUCAAUCCAAGCCAAGCGAAGAAGAUCGAACGACCAUCUAGAGAAGAAGCGAUACGCCGAUAUCCUGUAGAUUUAACGCCUAAAAGCUACAGCAAGAGCGAAGUCGCAGAGCAUAACAAAAGAGACGAUUGUUGGAUCAUAAUCAAAGACAAAGUCUACGACGUUACUUCUUAUGUGGAAGAGCAUCCUGGUGGUGACGCCAUUCUAGAUCACGCUGGUGAUGAUUCUACUGAUGGGUUUUUUGGACCGCAAUCAAGGAUUUCUACAUCGGACAACUUCGCAAGGUUUAAGCUGAGAGUGAGCUUUUGA